AUGGCCAUCGUCUCCCGCACCUUCGACUCCUUGCGCAGCUACCUUGGCUCCUUCACAUGGGGCCCUUUUGUCAAGCUUUCACGCAGCACGGUCCUGGGACUGCUCAGCCGAAUUGAGGUCGGCCAAUUGGUCGUUAGAGACAGUGAUGGCACCGUGACGAUUUGUGGACAGCCCUGCAUAAAAGAUGGAUCUCCCCGCACGGAACUGAGGGUCUCUAAGGAAGCCUUUUGGGUGCGAGUAAUGUUGUUUGCCGACAUGGGAUUCGCUGAGAGCUUCAUGCUGGGCGAGAUAUCGUGUCCAGAUCUGGUUGCCUUCUUUCGGAUAUUCAUCCUCAACCGGGCCCAACUUUCCAAUGCGACAACGUUGACAUCUUCUCUUGCCUCAACGGUGAACAGCCUUGCGCGCAGCACGAACACGAUGGCGAACUCCCAGUUAAACGUCUCGGCCCACUAUGACAUCAGUAAUGCCAUGUUCGCUGCCUUUCUCUCGGACGAUAUGACAUACUCCUGUCCCAUUUGGUCCCCCAUUCCGGACGCGAAAGCCCAGUACGAGAGCCUCGAAGAUGCACAGGGUACCAAGCUUCAAUACUUCAUUGAUGCUGCGAAGAUAAAAGCGUCAGACCAUGUCCUCGAGAUCGGCACUGGAUGGGGAAGCUUUGCCAUUGCCGCAGUGAAGAAGACAGGGUGCAGAAUUACGAGUCUGACCCUCAGCCGAGAACAAAAGGAGCUAGCCGAGGAAAGAAUAGCCGCCGCAGGAUACACGGACAAUAUCGAGGUUUUACUUUGCGAUUAUCGAGCGUUGCCCACCCCGAGGGACGGCUUGUACGAUAAGUUGGUUAGUAUCGAAAUGCUGGAAGCCGUCGGCCGCGAGUUUCUGGCUACCUACUUUGGUUGCGUCAAUCAACUAUUGAAACCUCAGGGUGGAAUCGCCGUAUUCCAGUGCAUCACAAUGCCCGAGACAAGGUACGAAGGUUACUCGAAAGGCGAAGAUUUCAUUCGGAAAUAUAUCUUCCCUGGAGGCCAUCUGCCGACCGUCAGUCAGCUGGUUGGAAGUAUCGAACAGGGUUCACAUGGGGCAUUGGUCGUCGAUUCAAUACUGAACAUUGGAGGCCACUAUGCAAAGACAUUGAGACUGUGGAGAGAGAAGUUCGAGAGAAAUUUUGACAGCGAAAUCCGGCCAGCGCUGUUAGGUGAGCACGAGGGAAUGACGGACAAGGAUGUAGAGUUAUUCAGGCGGAAAUGGCAGUACUACUUCACGUAUUGCGAGGCAGGCUUCAAUACUAAGACCCUUGGUGAUGUGGUCCUCACAGUUGGGCGAGAAGGGGCCACAGAAAUGUUGGAAAAUAUUCCCCUGUAG